AGAAGAAACGCACGAUUAGACUUCGUACCAUCGUCAAAUGGGCCUCCUUCAUGGUCGUAAUGGCCUGCCUCGUCUCCAGCCUCACCAUUCCCUCCCUCGGCCACCGGAUCCUCUGGGGGCUUGAGCUCUGGAAAUGGUUCCUCACGGUCCUUGUCAUCUUCUGUGGCCACCUUGUCUCCAACCUCCUCGUCCGGUUAGCCGUCUUCCUCAUGGAACACAUCUUCAUGCUCCCCAAGAAGGUACUCUACUUCGUCUACGGCCUGCGGAGGGGAGUGCAGAUGUGUGUCUGGCUUGCCCUCGUCCUGCUAGCAUGGACACUGAUUUUCGAUCCUAAGGUCCAAGUCCCGAGACGCUCUCACAAGCUCUUGAACAAGGUCACGCGCACUUUGAUAGCAAUUCUGGUGGGGUCCAUCAUAUGGCUGGUAAAGAUCGUGCUUGUAAAAAUGCUCGCGUCGUGGUUCCACUUCUCGAAAUACUUUGAUCGGCUGAAGGAGAGCAUCUUCCACCAGCACAUAUUGGAUACGCUGUCCGGAGAGCCGCUUGCUGAGUUGUCACGGUUGCCGAGCCAGAGGAAGACGAUGCAGAGGGAUGGGAAGAUCGACAUGGAGCAGCUGAGGAAGCUGAGCCGGGGGAGUCCAUCGACGUGGGGCGUGAAGCGGCUAAUGAGCCACGUGAAGUCGACGGCGUUGUUCACGACCUUGAAGCAUCCGAAUAAGGGAACUGAGGGUGAGGGGUCCAAGAAGGAGCAGCGCAAGAUCUCAAGCGAGCGGGAGGCGAGAAGAGCCGCCAAGCUAAUCUUCAAAACCGUCGCCAAGCCCGGGGCCAGGUACAUCGAAGAGGAUGAUCUAUUGAAGUUCUUGAAGAAGGAUGAGGUCCGGACCAUAUUCCCUCUCUUCCGAGGAGCCGAGACUGGAAAGAUCGGAAAGUCAGGGUUGGGUAACUGGGUGGUGAAUGCUUAUCACGAGCGAAGAGUUCUUGCAUUCUCCUUGAAAGACACAAGGGCACUGACACAGCAGAUAGACAGGCUAGUGAGUGCAUUGUGCAUAACGGUUAUAAUCGCAGUGUUUCUGCUAGUGACGGGCAUUGCAACUACCAAUGUCAUAUUCCUCAUCACGUCCCAAUUACUACUCAUGGGAUUCAUGUUCGGUAACACUUGCAAGGCCAUCUUCGAAUCCAUGAUCUUUAUAUUCGUUCAACAACCUUAUGACAUUGGUGACCGUUGUGUCAUUGACGGUAUUGAGAUGGUCGUGGAAGAGAUGAAACUUUUGACAACAACAUUCCUCCGUUUUGACAACAAGAAGAUUGACUACCCCAAUGUGGUGUUGUUCACAAAGACCAUCAGCAAUGUCAGCAGAAGCCCCAAAAUGGGUGAAACCAUCGAAUUUUCAAUAGAUGCUUCUACUUCAGAGUAUACCUUCAAUGAAAUGAAGAUGGACAUUAAAAUAUAUAUAGACAGCAAACCAAAACGUUGGCAACCAAAGCACUCGGUUGUUGUGAAAGCGAUCGAAGAUCCCAAUAAGAUGAAGAUAGCUCUCCACGUUGUACACGCCAUCUACUUUCAGAACUUUCCGGAGAGAAACAGCCAAAGGUCAGAUCUCUUCUUUGAGCUGAAGAAGAUCUUGGAGAGACUCUGCAUCAAUUACAACCUCCCCCCUCAAGAGAACCAUCUCCCCCAAUUCACCAUGGCCACUGAAACAACUACAACACAGGGAUGAUGGCGAUGCUGAGCUGGGCCAUGCAAUCAUCUUUCCCACUGUGGAAGACGUCUGGCGGUCCUGAUCUGUUGAUUGUGUAAUGUGUGGGUGGUGUUUGUUCUUCCAACAAAUGGUGACUAAUGGAGAAAGUACGUCCCUCCCUCUCUCUCUCUCUCUCUCUCUCUCUCUCUCUCUCAUGAUCUUAACACUCUGAACAAGUCAUGUAAAAUAAUGCCUGAAACCUCUAAAUUUACCCGGUGUGGCUGGCCUGAGUAUUGUAGUCUGUUCUUCCUGGUGAGGCGCACCUGUUGAACAAGUAGGAUGAAUUAGACAUCAUGUUGGACACCACACAACCCUAUAGUUAGCAUCUCUCUUUAUUUUUCAAUAUGGUACUCUCUAUUUAUACAUCGGGCUGAUAUUUGUCCCC